ACACAUAUCACAUUCAUGAGAGAGAGAGAGAAGGGGGUGAGAAAGAGGAAAAAGGGAUUAAACUAUUAGGGCAAAAGGCAGUUGGGACUUGGAAGAGAGUUUGUGUAAAAAGCAGAAGAGCAGAGUGAUAAUACUAGUAAGUGAGAUGACAGCAACAUCCUCUUUGAGGCUGCUGUGGUUGCCUCUUCCCUUUGCUUCCUGCCUUUCAGAUUCCUCCAAUCUUUUCCACACUGCUAACCCUAGUCCCUUCUCCAACAAAUCUUCUUUCCCUUCUUCUUCUUCUGCUACAUCCUCAUCCUCAUCAUCAUCUUACUCUCACAGACGAUGGGUUGGUCGAAGUAGAUUCUUCCACAGCCUAUCCAAUCUCUCUUCAACAAGACAGACGUGGCUUUCUGGAUGUUCCAAACGAGAUCAAAACAUUGGUAGUGGGAGGAAUGAAGAUGAAAUUGCCUUGCAGAUGUUUGGUUCUGAUGAGGAAGUCACCACUCAGAUUCCAACCCAAGCACAAUCUGUUGUAAAAGGAUCAGGGGAAGUUCUGGUAUCAGAAUAUAAACCUGUCCCUGAUGUAGAUUAUCUGCAGGAGUUACUAGCAAUUCAACAACAAGGGCCAAGAGCUAUUGGUUUUUUUGGGACACGGAAUAUGGGAUUUAUGCAUCAAGAACUUAUCGAGAUUCUUAGCUAUGCGAUGGUUAUAACGAAAAAUCACAUUUUUACAUCUGGUGCAUCGGGGACUAAUGCAGCUGUUAUUAGAGGUGCUUUAAGAGCAGAGAAACCAGAGCUACUUACUGUGAUAUUGCCUCAAAGUUUGAAAAAGCAACCUCCUGAGAGCCAGGAAUUGCUUUCGAAAGUGAAGAAUGUAAUAGAGAAGCCUCAUAACGAUCAUCUACCUUUGAUAGAAGCCAGCAGGCUAUGUAAUAUGGACAUCAUUUCACAUGUUCAGCAAGUCAUUUGCUUCGCAUUCCAUGAUAGCAAAUUGCUUAUGGAUACAUGUCAAGAAGCUAAGAAUCUCAGAAAGAUUGUAACGCUUUUCUAUCUGGACUGAUGAGGAGCACUGACUUCGUCCAUUUGUCUAUAUCCAUUGUUUGGGUAGAGCUUUUCUAUUUUUUUUUUUUUGGCAAAUUAGAUGGAACAAAAACAUGUAUUCAUGAUCAUUCUAUGCAGAUUGAAAUAUUGACUAUAGAAGUUCAAUUGGAGGUGUUCAUCCAAGGAAUGAGAGGGGAAGACUUUUAUUUUUUAUUUUAUUUUUGUUGAUACAGGUUCAAUUUUAAUAAAAAUGAUUAGUCAAUAGAAGAAA